CAGCCAUCGGAUUCCCGCGGGACAACGACAGAGAGGAACUCUGGUCCGCUAAGUCACGUCUCGCUGUCCCCCGAAUGGAACAGGAUGGCGACGAGAGGGACGCCAAGGUUUGGAGCUCUGAGCCAUCACUCCUUUUUCUCCCGCCACAACCCUCACCCACACCGGGUGAGACAUAUUCAAGGACUCAACGGGCGGCCCGUGUGCAUGGUGAGGGACGACUGGUUUGUCUCCUCCUCACUAUUUCCUCAUCCGCUCCUUAAGAGUCACGUCCACAGGCAGUCCAGCGUUCCCGCCUUGGCUUUUUUGCCGCAUCAAAACAUUUACGGGGUCAACGGCGGCAAAUCCGCCAUGUUUUCAGAAGCUUGGAGAGAUGAACUCAAAGAGCUGGCGGCGAAAGUCAGUUUGCCUUCUCAGGCACACAAGGACAAGAAUGAGGCAAUGUCUGAGAAGGAACCAGUCCGCCGAAAGACCCAAUAUUCCGCAGAAACCGGGAGAAUCAUCCCUCCGAACUCCAUGUCCCACCACCGUAGAUCUCAAUCCCUGCGUCUGGACUCCCUGCAAGCUUUCCAUGACCAAGAACUAACGGUGUUGGAGGUACUUUGCCAGAUCCUGCAGACUGAUUCCCUAUCGGCAGUCCAACAGUGGCUUCUGAUGGCAGGCCAGAGAGAGAAAGACAUGGUCAUGGUGAUGAUCAAAAAAGCACUGGACGGCGUUGACUUAACGGGUCGUCGGCAGCCAAGCUUGCAACAGCUUCAAGAGUUUCAUCCUGGCUCUUUGCCGCUCAUUGACGAGCCAACACGGAAAAAAACGCAGGGAUCCAGAUCACACGAAGCGAACAGAACAUCCAGCAAAGACAAGCCAGAGAUGAUAGGAGAUGCAGAAGUCCUUGAAAUCCACAGAGAAGAGCAAUAAAAGACUGACAAGAGUUUACAAAGAUGAGCUUGCAAAUUUACAAUUAUAUUAAAC